CUCUACUGCUCGAUGUAAAAUACACAAAAAGAAACGAGACUUGUAUACAAUGUCUUGUUAUCAUGAUGGUAAACCCAUAUGUUGUGACACACCGUGUAAAUGUGAUCUAAAUCUGCUGAGUGCAACAUGUACAACGCAAGAAAAAAGCAUGGAGUGCAGUUGUGCGGGUGGUUCUGGUGAUAAUCCAGUGCUUAACUUUUGUUUUAAAAAUACGUGCCUCCACAAAACUAACAAGACAGGUUGUGAUUUUACGGCUGGUGAUACAUGCUAUAUUUCUACUGAAGGGGUAACAGAUGGAAAAGGACAAGAACGAAAAAGCAAACAAGUCAACAACAAUGAAGGGCCGUCCUUUGGCUUAUGGAUUUUCAUUAGUUGCAUUAGUGGCAUUUUCCUCGGCAUUUUGAUCAGCUGGAUAUACUGCUAUUUAACUCGAAAGUACUCCAUAUGCGGUUCAUGCUGUGAAAACCAAAAGAAACUUGACCACAAAAGAAAAGGAAGUUCUUCAGAGGAUAAAGUUAAAGAGUCAGAAACAACGGAUGACGAGGACCAAGAUGAAAUCAAACAAGAAGAGCCAUGUCUUCAACAACAUAGAAAGUUAGACAGGGUGCAGUAUGUGUGCCAAAGGGUUUCUUCAACUUCAGGUUCAGAAUCAGAACCUUCUGGUUCAGUAAAAUGUAACUUCUCUCCUACUCAAGAAAUAUAAGGCAGAGUGGUAAAUGCAUGAUUAGCAGUACAGACAGAGAGAGGACUGUAACACUAUAUUGACCAUCAAUUUUAUAAUUGUGCAUUAUCACUUUAACACUUUAUCUCUGUUUAUUCAGCUAUUUAAAAAAAACUGCCAGUUGCAAAUUAAAUAUUACUGUCACCAAACA